GAUUGAUUCUACCCACAGCUUCUCUGUUAUCCUUCCGAAUUUCUGUCUUUACCGAAAAGGAGCCUGUUACUAUUUCUUUCUUUCUCUGUCAGUAUUUCACACCCAGUUGCUAGGUGUAUUUGUUUACAGUUGCAACUGUUUCUGUGUAUAAACAGUUAUCUUGACUUUUAGAAUUAUUUCACCUCUCCUUUAUGAUUAAUUUGAAAAUCAGGAUGUUGUGCAAGAUAAACUGUAAGUUUCCUUUUGGUUUUUAAAUUGAUUUUAUAUACCAUAGCCAAACUUCCUCUGCACAGAAAAUAUACCAGAAAAUAGGCUCAGGUGAAAUGAAAUUCAAUCUAAGGAGAAUUCUGCAGUGGGUCCACUUUGAAGAGCUACACCCUGUCUUUCUCUUCAUAAUAGUCCAGUGCUUUGAAGCUCCUACAAGAGAUUAUGGUUUUGAGCUGACCCCCUCCUUUCUGCUAAAAUGAAAUUCUCUAAGUCACUUGAGUCUGAGUGGAAGCUUGAUGAAAUUGCCUCCUCUCGUUAAGGUGCAACCAAUUCCCCAAGAGCUGGAGAUUCUGGGGAGCAAGGCACGCCUGUGUCUAACUGAUACCUGUUGGGGAAGUCAGCGCUAAUGGACAUUUUAGUUUCGUUUUUUAAGGACCUUUCCUGAUCCAGAUUUUCAUUUUAUCCCAAGAGCAGAAUCUCUUCCGCCGCUUGCGUUUUUUUUAACGAGGGGACGCUUUUAAGCCGCUGUUACCUAUACGCGGCCCAAGUUGGCCGUCAAACAGUGGGGGAAAGCGCAGUGUUCGCGCCUCAGACUAACCAGCCCCCAGAGCUGUGGACGCACUCCAUUACUGCUGGGAAGACGGAAACCGCGGAGGCCCGAGACGGUCCUAAAUUGAGUUGCACGGGCCUUUAAACUGCUGCAGGGAGAGGUGUUUGCAAUCUGACAGCUGAGGACCACUGGGCUUUGACGUCCUGCCUCCCCUCGCCAAGUCCGCUCUGGGUUGUCAAUCUCCUCUCAGCUCCAUCCGCUUCCCCAGAUAAACCGACCCGUCCGACCAACCCUUUCUCCCUGCUCCACUCGGGGCUCCCGCGCUCCGCCCAUCCCCCUCGCGAUUCCUUUUCUUUCCCUCCCUCCUGGGAUUCCUCGCCCUUCCCUCCCAUUCUUCUCUCUUUUGGCCUCCGCCUCCUUCCCCCCCGCCCCUCACUGUCCAGCCCAUCCCAUCCAGCUUUCUCCCUUUCUUUUCCCAGCCUCAGAUUCGCGCUCUCGCGGCAAAUACCGCUUCUUUCCUCAGCUCUGGGAGACGCCAGGCAGGAGGCCCCGGGAUCAGCUGCGCGCAGGCGCACUGAGCGGCGGGCGCGCGGGCUAGCCGAGCGUCCACGCAGGCGCGCGCUGCUCUGGCUCUGCUCCCGCGCGGGUGGCCAAAAGCUCUCGGGCUGGCUCAGUCUGGGCUCUGUGCCCCGCGGCAGAAGCGGCGGCGGUGGUGCUGGCACAAUGUUUCUCCACUCAGUCAACCUUUGGAACUUGGCGUUUUAUGUCUUCAUGGUCUUUAUGGCGACCGUCGGACUGUGGGAUGUCUUUUUCGGCUUUGAAGAGAACAAGUGCAGUAUGAGCUACAUGUUUGAGUACCCGGAGUAUCAGAAAAUACAACUUCCAAAGAAACUUGCAAAACGCUAUCCAGCUUAUGAGUUAUAUCUUUAUGGAGAAGGAUCGUAUGCUGAAGAACACAAAAUUCUCCCUUUGACGGGUAUUCCAGUUCUCUUUCUUCCUGGUAAUGCUGGAAGUUAUAAGCAAGUUCGUUCUGUUGGCUCUAUUGCUCUUAGAAAAGCAGAAGACAUUGACUUCAAGUACCACUUUGACUUCUUUAGUGUGAACUUCAAUGAAGAAUUGGUGGCCCUAUAUGGUGGAAGUCUUCAGAAGCAGACCAAGUUUGUACAUGAAUGCAUUAAGACAAUUCUUAAACUCUAUAAGGGUCAAGAAUUUGCUCCAAAAAGUGUGGCAAUAAUUGGUCAUUCUAUGGGUGGCCUUGUUGCAAGAGCAUUGCUUACAUUGAAAAAUUUUAAACAAGAUUUGAUAAGUCUUCUCAUUACACAAGCCACACCUCAUGUUGCUCCUGUGAUGCCAUUAGACCGUUUCAUUACAGAUUUUUAUAUGACUGUAAACAACUAUUGGAUUCUAAAUGCUCAACACAUAAAUUUAACCACACUUUCUGUGGCUGGAGGAUUUCGGGAUUACCAAGUUCGUUCAGGACUGACUUUUCUACCAAAAUUAAGCCAUCAUACCAGUGCCUUAUCUGUUGUGAGUUCAGCAGUGCCCAAGACUUGGGUUUCAACAGAUCACCUCUCCAUUGUGUGGUGUAAACAAUUACAGUUGACUACAGUUCGAGCAUUCUUUGAUCUUAUUGAUGCUGAUACUAAACAAAUAACUCAAAAUUCCAAGAAGAAAUUGUCAGUUUUGAAUCACCACUUUAUAAAACAUCCUUCAAAACAGUUUGAGGAAAAUCCAGCCAUAAUUUCUGACUUAACAGGAACAUCUACGUGGGUUCCAGUAAAAGUGUCCAAGUGGUCUCAUGUGGCUUAUAAUGAAUCUGAUAAGAUAUAUUUUACAUUUCCUCUUGAAAAUCAUAGAAAAAUCUACACUCAUGCCUAUUGUCAGAGCACUAUGCUGGAUACAAAUAGUUGGAUUUUUGGUUGUAUAAACAGCACUUCUAUGUGCCGGCAAGGGGUUGAUUUAUCAUGGAAAGCUGAACUGCUGCCAACAAUUAAGUUUCUGAUGUUAAGACUUCAAGACUACCCCUCUUUGUCUCAUCUUGUUGUUUAUGUACCAUCUAUUCAUGGAAGUAAGUUUGUUGUAGAUUGUGAAUUCUUUAAAAAAGAGACAAGAUCAAUUCAGCUUCCCGUAACUCAUCUUUUUUCCUUUGGAUUGUCUUCAAGGAAAGUGGUAUUAAAUACAAGUGGCCUAUACUACAAUAUAGAGCUUCUGAACUUUGGACAGAUAUACCAAGCUUUUCAAAUCAACGUGGUAAGCAAAUGCUCAGGAGUCAAAGAAGAAAUAACUAGUAUCUAUAAACUUCAUAUUCCCUGGUCUUAUGAAGAUUCACUAACUAUUGCACAGGUUCCAUCUUCCACAGAAAUUUCUCUGAAACUCCAUAUUGCUCAACCAGAAAAUGAUAGCCAUGUGGCAUUAUUAAAAAUGUACACAUCACCAGACUGUCAGUAUGAGGUCACAGUUAAGACUUCCUUUUCACAAAUACUUGGACAGGUGGUUAGAUUUCAUGGUGGAGCUCUUCCUGCUUAUGUUAUAUCUAGUAGCCUUCUUGCUUAUGGAGGACAGUUAUAUUCUCUUUUCUCAACAGGUUAUUGCUUAGAAUAUGCUACCAUAUUGGAUAAAGAAGCCAAACCAUACAAAGUUGAUCCGUUUGUAAUUAUGACUAAGUUUUUAUUGGGGUAUAAAUGGUUUAAAGAAUUGUGGGACACAUUACUACUGCCAGAGUUAGAUGCCUUUGUUCUGACUAGUCAGAGCAUGUGUUUCACCCUUGUGUCCUUGAUUCUCUUUCUCUUUGGAACAUGUACUGCCUACUGGAGUGCCCUGUUCUCCUCUGCAGCUGUGCAACUCCUUUCUUCAUUGUGGUUAGCUUUGAAAAGACCCUCUGAACUUCCUAAAGAUAUCAAGAUGCUAUCACCAGACUUGCCCUUUUUGACAAUUGUUUUGAUCAUAGUUGGUUGGACAACUUGUGGAGCACUUGCCAUACUUCUUUCUUACCUUUACUAUGUGUUUAAGAUUAUUCAUCUGCAAGCCAGCCUCACAACUUUUAAAAAUAACCAGUCAGUGAAUCCUAAACACUCUAGAAGAAGUGAAAAAAAGUUCAAUCACCAUAAAGACACGACAGCACACCAUCUUUGUUUAUCUGCUCAUGAUGCUGAAGAUAGUCUUCGAAUGCAUAGUACUGUGGUUAACUUAUUAACAUGGAUUGUAUUGCUCAGCAUGCCAUCUCUAAUUUAUUGGUUAAAGAAUCUUAGGUAUUGUUUUAAACUUACUCCUGAUCCAUGUAAACCUUUGGCCUUUAUCCUUAUUCCAACUGUAGCAGUUCUUGGAAAUACUUACACUGUUUCAAUAAAAUCAAGUAAAUUGUUGAAGACUGCUUCACAGUUUCCACUUCCUCUGGCUGUUGCUGUGAUUGCUUUUGGGUCAGCACAUGUAUAUAGGGUUCCAUGCUUUGUCUUCAUUCCUCUUUUACUCCACGCAUUAUGCAACUUUAUGUAAGAUUGAACUUUUAAAGAAUGAUAAAGGUGAUUUAUGCCUUUAGGGCUAGUAAGAAGAAGAAACACAAAAAUUAAUCAACGUGGACAGCAAGAUCCUUUGGAGAAGACAAGUCUGUUUUUACAGUAUUGAAAAUAGGAAAUUAGUUUCGUAAUGCUCGUGGAAAGUAGUAGAAGCAUGGUUUUGUUUUGUGGUGUGGAAUCAGUAUACUAAUCAUUUUCAAAAAAUUGGUGAAUGGAUUUAUGGGGGCCACUGUGUUUGAGGACUCCUGUGCAUAUCAACUAGUCUGCUCCAUCAGCCAAACCAGAGAUCUUCUCUCAGAGACAUAGUAGAUACAGCGUUGUCAUUUUACCUCAAGCAUUCUGCUUGUUUCAUCAAACUUUUUUCUGAAGGUGAAUAUUUUGAAUUUUUUAUUUAUUUACUUUUUUUUUUUUUUUGAGACAGAGUCUCAAGCUGUCACCCUGAGUAGAAUGCUGUGGCGUCACAGCUUACAGCAACCUCAAACUCUUGGACUUAUCUUGCCUCAGCCUCCCAAGUAACUGGGACCACAGGCACCUGCCACAACGCCCAGUCAUUUUUGUUGUUGUUGUUGUUGUCAUUGUUGUCCCAGCUGGCCCGGGCUGGGUCCGAACCUGCCAGCUUCAGUGUAUGUGGCUGGCACCCUACCCACUGAAGUAUGGGCACCGCCUUGAAUUUUCUAUAGUUUAUGAAUUGAGAAAUAAGUCUUAAAAGAUUGAUAAAAUAUAUAGCUGUUUAAUCUCAAAAGUGAAAUAGCUCCACACAGUCUAUGGUCAGUUUUUGCCAGCCACAAUGAAUGGAGUAGAUCUUUUCACUUCUUGCAUCUAUGAAAAUAGAACUUUGAAUUGUAAGGAGACAUGUUUUCUUGGUAACCAAUGAAAUAUUGAUGGGUAGAAACAUGAUGCAAAUUUAAAAUGUAAUGGAAUUUUCUUGUUAAUUUUCAAAUAUAAAUCUUACUAUAUUUAGUGAAUAUUGAAGAGACUGUUAGAGAAAUCGGUUGUUGAAUGCUCACAGAUACGUGGAUUUACAUCCAGUUCGGUUAUUCAGUCUGUACCAUUUUAUUUAAUUCAUUGCCCAAUGGUUGCCAAAAGUGCCUCAGGUCAUGGUGAAUUAACUAAAUUCCAGUGGUCAAAAAUAACUGUAGGUUUGCACAUUUGUCUGCUGUGUAAUAAAAGAAUAUAUAUAUGAAGUGUAGUGCCCCAUUUGAUGUAUAAUAUCAUAUUGUUAAUAUAAUAACAAUAGACAGCUUUUACCCCAUUGAUAAUGUAAGUAUUAACAAACCACUUGAAUAAAUAAACUUAAAACCACUUCAGCCACUAGGUUUAAAAAUGGAAUCUUAAUUUGCCCAGGUGAGUUUUGGGAUUACUGUUUGACAAAUAAUAGAGUAAUCUUUCUAUUUUAUUAAAGAUUUCACUUCACUCUUAGCUAUAAAAGAGUAGGAAGAAGGUAAUGGAACAAGGUAGAAGACCAUACUCUUUGUCUUAGGAUAGAGAAACUCAGGCUAAGAUAUACCUUGGCUCAGAGUUCUUCUUUUAGAUAAUGUGUAACAUAAAUGCCCAAAACCUCUCAAGCAAAGUCCUUAAAUCCCAAUGAUUUCCACAGUUGCAAUUGUGAACUUGUAUCCUUGUUAGUACCUAGGAAUGUCCUAGAGAACCUGUUUCAUUUUAUCUGCCAUUGCUUCUGGAUUCCAUUACAGCCUCCCAGCUAUUACUGCCUAUAGAAGUUUACUCCAUUUCACUGCCUGUAGAGUUACCUCAUUUCUUAGUUCUUCCUCAGGUCUUUGCUAUUUCAGCAUCAGUUAAAGGGGGUCUUGGUAUUAUCUUUGAAGGUUGUAAGUUUGUUUCAUUACACUGUUGUCUUUUCCAGCUUCAUGCCUAUUGCUCAGUAUUCAUAUUUUCUCAUACUGAGACCAUUCAAGGGAAGUGAUAACCUCAUAGUAGGCAUGGCAGACAUAGCAGGCUCUUAUUUGUUUGAGAGAAAUAGCAAAAAGUAUAAAAUGUAAAAUACUUGUGUGUUUCAGCUGAGAGGAAAGAGAAUUUACUAGAUCACACACUCAUCCCAUGGCAUACCACAUAUAUAUUUACUGAAAUAGGGACAUAUCUGCCUAUGUUUUGCUAUACAUAUACUUUUAUACACAUGGUAUUCUUUUUUGUUUUUUUUUGAGACAGUCUCACUUUGUCGCCCUCAGUGAAUGCCAUGGCGUCACAGCUGACAGCAACCUCAAACUCUUGGGCCUAAGCAAUUCUCUUGCCUCAGUCUCCCAAGUAGCUGGGACUACAGGCAUCCACCACAUGCCUGGCAGUUUUUUGGUCAUUGUUUGGAAGGCCCAGGCUGGAUUCAAACCCACCCGCUCCCAGUAUGUAGGAUUUGUGAACCUGUAUAACAUAGGAGACAAGAUACUUUGUGAAAUUUAUUGGGGAAAAUCGCUUUGAAGAGCAUGACAUUUGGUAAGAUAAGGAAGCAAUUAAAUUAUUGUAUUAUGAGAAUAGACUCUGCCAGCAAACUUUCUCACCUGAUAAGGUAAAUGUAGAACACGUAAUACUUUUACAAAAUGGUAAGAUGAUUUGGAGCUGAAAUUUUAUCCUAGUCUUUCUGAACAAAGAACAUUUCAAAUUCUGUAAUUAAGUUUUAUUUAUAUACAUUACACAUGCAUUCUUUCACAAUAAGGUUUAAUAGCUUGAGGAAAUAAAAGCUGUGAGGCAACUUUCAUUCUUUACUUUUGAGGGAAUAAUAGGAAAGAAUGUCAGUUGAGUAAUCCAAAUAUAUGUACUGCACACGCUAAGGAAUCACAUUUUUUGGUAAGUUAUAAGUACAGGAGACUGCAUCUUAUACAUUAAACUUAGUUUUGAUAACAGAAUAAAAUUUGGAAAUUGUGAGAACAAGCUGUCAUUCCAUUAAUAGAGUAAAUGUGACAUCUAAAAUAUGUAAAUAUACAUCUUAAAUUGAUGAGAUAACAUGUCUUUUAAAAUUUAGUGAUAUUCUAAGCUACAUCUUUAUUAAAUUGUCUAUGGUUGAUAAUUUUUAAACAAAGUACAGUACUUUCUGAAAGUGUUUGGUGUGUUACCCUGCCAAAAAUGUUUGUUUUUUGAAAUAUCAAGUAACAGUUAAUUUCUGAUGACUUAUGUAGACUUGAUAUAUAUAAUUCAGAAUCAAUCUGUACUUAUUCUGUACAUUAUAACUUCAAACACUAUGAAAAACUGUAUUGGUUGGUAUAUUUUAAUGAGUUUGUGUUGAGUUCGUUUGCAUAUUUGAAUUCUAAUCUUAGUUUAGCACAUCUAAAAGUAGCCAUUUUUGUAAGUUCAUAUACUAUUUUUUAUGUUAUUUUGGUUUUUAGUAUUUAUAUAGCUGUAAUGUUACUAGUAAAAAUGUUUAUAGACAAAAUAUAGAGCUAUUAACUAUUAAAAAGCCUAUAUGAUAGGCCUGUUUUGUAUUUCAUGUUGCACUUGUUCUGUUUCAUAUUGGACUUUUUACAUCCCUUUUUAAGAGGAAAAAAUACAUUUGAAUUCUUUUUAGCAUAAAGUUCCUUAUUGAAAACUAUAUAACUGUAUCCAUAUGGUUAGCAAAAUACACUUUGCCACCAAAGUAAAUGAAACUGUAAAAUACCUCUGGAUAUUUGUGCCAAUGAAAUUUCUUAGCAUACUGGAAUUAAAGUAAAAAAUUAUCUCUUCAGUAUUUUUCAUCUAGAAUUUAUGACAAAUGUGUAAAUCAUGAAAACUUA